CAAUUUCGUAUCCAAUUUCUCCUAAACUUUGUUUGAAAUGGAGAACGAUCCCUUGAGACAGCAAAUUGCCGCCAUGAAGCAAUCUCUUUUGAAUGAGGGAACUGUGGAGUCGCACUUUUUUCAUAUGGAGCAACAUCAAAGUUCUAAAGACCCAAAUAUUCUAGAGAGGGAAAUUGGUUUGCUUUACACCAAUUCAAUGAACAUUACAAAUAAUAUAGAGCAGCAGCUCGAGAACCACCCCGUUGAUUUCACAGCAAUUACAGAGUUGGUCCAGCAGCUAAGGGGUAUGAGUGCCAGGCUAGGGACCAAAAAAGUCAUGGAAAGGGUGCUUGCAUUGUUGGCCUGUUGCCACGAACGUCAUGUGCAACGUAGCAAGCUCUCUCUCCCAGUGCUGAAGUUGGAGCUUGAGACCCUCAAGGCAAGGCUUGACUCUUAUUUUCAGCUGGUGAGGCAAGCCCGCCCUGCCAAUGAAGCAGAAGCAGGGCCUUCACAGUGAUGUUAUCACUGGAAGUAGAAGGGUGACAAGUUGGUGGCCAUAGAACACUAGUUGAUAUGCAAAUAAACUCUAAAUUAGCAGUUAAAUAAAUCUAAGGGGACACUGUUCCCUUGUAUGAUCCUUAUUUUCCAUUUUUGCUUGGUUAUGGCUUCCUAUGAGAAACUUUUGGACUUGUCAUUUGCUUCUCUCUUUUCAAUAAUUAAUUAAGGGGUCCUCUUCUUUUAGGAGACUCCUCUUAUUUGUUUUCAAGAA